AUGAAAAAAUAUCGUUACGGUUUAUUCGCGCUAUUGCUCUUUGGAUUAUUUUACUUUUCAGAAGGUAAACCAUGUCCAGAGCGAACGAGGCCCCACAAGACCCGCUGUGAUGCCUACUACAAAUGUACCGAAUUAACGGCCGACAAACAUGUCUGGGUGCCAUCACGUUGCGAAGAAGGACUUGUUUAUGAACACAGUCUAACGGUAUGUGUGCUGCCAGCCGAUGAUUGGGAAUGUUUGAUGGGUGACCAUAAGACCAGUACAACUCCUAAUCAGAAUAAAAAUGAACAACGACAAACAAAUCCGACCAGUAACAAAGAUGCUGAUAUUUAUAUAGUAUCAAAUGCUGAAGACGAUGAAAGCAGUCUAAAUAGUAAAUAUGAUGAUGGCAAGGUGGAGAUAAUCAUCGGACCAGGAAUAAGUGGUGAGGAUAAAAGUGAGGGAGGUGAUGACGAGCUCUAUGAUGGCAGUGGUAAUGGAGGUGAAUUGGUUGAGCUGGAUGGUUUUAUGCCAGCACAAAAUCGUGAGGCUGAAACUGAUAAUGAGACAGUAAUGAAUGUAGGAGAAAACCUGGAACCUACUAAGAAAUUUAAAAAUGAUGUCCAAAAAAUGGAACAAAAGGAAGAACUCGAAGAAAUGCUACAAACUAUAAAAACUAAAGCAGAAUUAGGCCAACCCUCUACGAAUAUAGAUCCUAAAUUAACAGCACAUUUGCAAAGACUGUCUCAGCUAAUAGAUGGUUUGAAAACCACCUAUCAAACACCGGAAGUUAAGCCACAAGAUGAGCAGACACUGAGGCCGGACCAAUUAAAUGCUUUUUUGGCUCAUUUUAAUAUCAAAAAUAAAUUCGAUAGUUUAGAUCCUAGCGAAAGUUUUUCGGGUGCUGGUGGUACAACGACAGCUACAGCUAAACCCAAUAGAACCUUACAUUACAAACAUGAGUUCAGUACUAAAUUGAGUCCCGAAACGAAAGUGGUUUUAUCAAAUAUGUUACCCCAUCGCUAUGGUUCCAAUAAUCAUGACAAUGGCAAUUUGGGUGGUGGUUAUUCCAAUUCCCAAAUUGUGGUUAAUAAACCAGAGGGUUCUGUUCUCUUUAGUCUACCCCCUGAACAUCAUUUCAUGGAACAUCCUGAAUAUUCUUCAGAUAAUACUCCUAAAAUUUCCGAAGAAACUUUGAAAACUGUUUUAGAAUUGUCCAAACAAAUGAUAGCUCAACAAAAUGUGCCAAAAGUCAUACCAAAUCCCACAUAUUUUGCUUCGCCCAUAAUGCAACCCAUACUUUUGACCCCACACGUUGACAGUCCCUUCUCUAGCAAUUACUAUAAAUAUAAAAAACCUGGCAAGAGACCUCAACACAAUGGUGGAAAUAAUGGUUAUAACGGAAAUGAUAAUAACGGUUAUGGGAGUGGCAACAGUAAUGGUUAUGGCAAUGAUAAACCAGGCACCACUAUAAUACACAAUAAUGUUAUACCAGUCCAUGUAUCCACCACAAAUUCGGGAGAAAAAGAGGUCCUGGAUAGUUAUGGACAAAGUUUGGGUUUAUAUCCACCACAUCACGAAGAAAGGCCUGAUUCCAAUUCAGACUACAAUGAUAAUUCCCAUUCAAAUGAUGGCUAUUCAAUGGGUUAUCAAAAUAAUGAGUAUUCGAGAUCAACCACGAAAAGACCUUCAUAUUUAAAUAUGGCAACAAAAUCCAGUUCGUAUGGUACUACGCCUAGACCGUAUGAUUAUCAACCUACUUCUAGUACCAUUAACCAGUACUUUACACCUAGUGAACACUUGGGCGAGCAUAAUGUAAACAAUGUCUUUCCAUCGGUGGACAAUUUUGGCAGCAUCCCAAGGCCCAUGAAGGGCAAAAGGCCGAAUCAACAAAUGUAUAAACCCUCUCAAGAGAACAUGAACAAUGAGGAAGGCUAUGGUUCUCCAAACCAACUGUUUUCUCAGAAACGACCGAAUUCUCAAAAUUUUGAGAUCAUGGAUAACGACAAUGAUGAUAAUUAUCAAGAUGACAACAAUGAGGAAGAAUCUCAGCUAAUUUCCUACACAUAUGGUAACAAAAAAAAACCGGCACAACAAACGCAGUACCAAAACUAUGCUAACUCUGGUUCCCAGUCAUCUAUUAACUCAGCAUUCAGCUCCAACAAUCCAUACAUGCCUAGACCUCAAACGAAUAGCCACAAUUCCAUUUCCUCUUCCAAUUCCUACUUUUCUUCAGGUAAAAAUAAAUAUACCCCCAUUAGCUCACCCAUAUCAUCAGCAUAUGCAGAAGGUACGCAACUGGUGAAUGUAGGGGGAAAUUUCAUAAGCUUUGAUGUUUUUCAAAAUUCUAUACUUCCUCUAGUGGGCAACAACCCGGCCAGCUUUUCUUCCACCCUCAACAAUGUCGAAGUGAUAACCUGUGCGGCUGGGGUUAGACAACCCAAUAUCACGGAUUGUACCCGCUACUAUGUGUGCAGUAAAAAGGAUGGCAAAGUUUUGUCAUACUCCUGUCCUCCCUAUACCGGCUUCAAUAGUGAAGCUCGUAUUUGCGAUGCCAAAACGUAUGCCAUGUGUAAUCCCGAUUCUGGAGUUCCAAGCUAUUCCGUUUCCGAAAAUAAACGCAUACAAAUGGAGACGUUAAAGGCUUUACAGGAUGCCAAACGGCGGCAGAUGUUGCAACAGCAGCAGCAACAACAACAAGCCAUUAAAGCGCAAAACCUUGCAAAUCUGCUGCAACAAUACAAUCCCACUUCCUCCUCCACCUCAUCCUUCAACAAUCAACUGACAUCGAUAUCAUCACCGGAUCAAGAUAGUUCUGAGCAAAAUAUGCUUAACUCCUAUAUGCAGCAGGCAGCCUCUAUGUCACAAUCCUUUGGCACAACUCCCAGGCCUCAAUUAACCACCUCCACUGGCAAGAAACGCAAAUAUUAUUGCAAGGAGGGUGAUAAAAUCGCCGAUCAAACCUCCAUGUAUAAUUAUUUUGUUUGCUACAAAAACGCCCAGGGUCAAAUGAAGGGUCAUAAGAUGACCUGUUCGAAAGGUUUACUAUUUUGUCCGAAAACCACUAUGUGUACCUUGCCAUCAAAAUGUUCGUAAUUUAUUUAGUCGUAGUACUAUAUUUAGUUUUAAUUUUCAGUAUUUGCCAAUUAUUUUUUAUGUUAUUUAUUUAGUUGAUAAGUUUAGCGACACAAAAUUAUUUAUUUAUUAAAACAAAAAAAAACUAAGAAUUUAAAUUAACACAAAGUCUAAACAAAAAAAUUAUAUUAAUUACGGCUGUAUAAUUAUUUUAUAU